CCACAAAAUCGGGUAGAUACAGACAAAUUAUGCAAAUUAGUAAGUGCCUGCAUGAUAUAUAAGCCUGCACACAGCCCAUCGACAGUAUUACCAAAAGCUUACACAGAAUAAUUUAAUCAAGGAAAAGACAUUGCAAAGCGAAAUGAAGUAUACAGUUUUAGCAUUGGUCUGUAUUGUGGUUGUGAAUGGAUACAGUUUCAAGCGUACUGAGAAAUCCAAAUAUCUUGGAGACAGGGAAAAGUUCAUUUUAAAACACGCUGGUAUCGAAAUGGCAAAAGAGGAAUUCGGCGAAAAAGGUGCUGAAGAAGCUGACAAAAUACUUGGAAAUUGUCUAGAAAAACCAGAUGAAGAGAUCGGAGAGUGCAUGCUAGAUGCGGGUAAACGCCUUUGUGAAGAAGGAGAAGAUGAUCAAUGCAAAAGAAUCGAAGACCACAUAAUGUUCACGAUCGCUGUAGGUAAAAAUCUACUGGAAAGUGGGUGCCUUGCUAAGGAGGUUGAAGAUGCUGAUAUCGGGCCGUGUCUCCAAGGUAAAUGUAUGGCGAUAUGCGAUAAUGUUUGUGAUGAUUUAGAGGAAACCGAAGAAGAAUGUGAUUGCCAAGAAUGUUGCAAGGUUGAAGAAAAAGAUCUAGAAAGUGCAGUAGAAGAACUCGAGAGUAAAGAAGAGAGGUCAACACGUUUAAAUAAGCUCAGAAAACUUAACAUUUUCCGUUCUGUGUUGAACAAAAGAUACUUCGGAAAUCUGAUCAAGAGAAAGUAGAAGCCACCAUUAAUCAAAAAACCCACAUAGACAAUAACUCAGAAAGGACAACAACCUUGCAAUGAAUAGUUUGUAAUGUUUAGAAAAGCUUUUUAAUUCAUAAAUAUUUGCAUUCAU